AUGGCAAGCGGCGGCCAGCAGACGACGUGCACCGUCCGCUCGGACGCCGCCGGCGACGUCGUCAAGAGGGUCGCUAAGCUCAACGCCAACCUGGUGAGCGAGGAAGGCGGCGAGGCGGUGCUCCAGUCGCUCCGGCAGCUGCAGGGUGUGCGGAUGACCUUCGAGGCUCUGGAGGCGACCAAGGUCGGCCGGGCCGUCAACGCCCUGAGGAAGAGCGCGCCGUCGGCGCAGGCGCGCCAGCUCGCCGCGGAGCUCUACAGGCGCUGGAAGGCUCUCGCCGACGAGCACUUCGCGACGCGGCGGGCGAGAGCAGCUGGGGGGGCGCCAAAGGUUGAUGAUGGAAGCGUCGCGUGUCCGUCGUCGCCGAUCGAGGCGAAGAAGAAGCAGCAGCAGCCGGCUGGGGAGGCGGCGAACGGUUCGAGCGCCGUGGCGGAAGGCGAUGCCGCCGCCGGCGAUCGUCAAGAAGCAGAGGAUCAUACGGCUGGUCGUCAAGAACUCAAGGCCGCCUAG